GGCGCUCCCAGCUCAGGCGGCGGAAGAGAUGGAGCCGCGUCACUAGCGCCCGGCCUCUGAAAAGCGCUGCUAGCCGGAGCCGCCUCCCUGCCUGCAGCCCGCGGGGUAUGGAGUAGAGGGAGACCCGCCGAGCCGCUUGCUCGCAGGGACCCCGCGAUGGAACUAAAGCAAUCUCUGGCCACCCAUCGGGAAGCCGAGAAGCCUCUCCGGCGCUAUGGGGCGGUGGAGGAGACGGCGUGGAAAGCGGAGGGACUGGGGAGAACUCAGCUGGACAUCGUGUCCAUGGCCGAGACAACCAUGAUGCCGGAGGAGAUCGAACUGGAGAUGGCCCAGAUCCAGCGCCUCCGGGAAGUGCUGGUCCGCCGAGAGUCAGAGCUGAGGUUCAUGAUGGAUGACAUCCAGCUGUGCAGCGCCAUCAUGGACCUGAAGCAGGAGCUGCAGGACCUGGUUGCCAUCCCAGAAAAAGAGAAGACCAAGGCGCAGAAACAGCGGGAGGAUGAGCUGAUCCAGAAGAUCCACCGGCUGGUGCAGAAGAGGGACUUCCUGGUAGAUGAUGCUGAGGUGGAACGGUUACGAGAGCAAGAAGAAGACAAGGAAAUGGCAGAUUUCCUGAGACUCAAGUUAAGACCUCUAGACAAAUUGACCAAAUCUCCAUCCCGUUCCCGACCAGAUAAGAAAGCUGAGCCCCCACCUAGCAAGCCCAUGGUGGCUAAGACGGGCUUGGCACUCAUCAAGGAUUGCUGUGGGACUGCCCAGUGCAGCAUCAUGUAGUCCCCCAGGUAGGGUGUCCCCGGGGCCACGGGGACCCCCUUUCUCACCCUCUUGUCUUCAUUGCCCCAUUUCACCGGGGCCAGAGAGCUCUUCGAGGCAGAAGGAACAGAAGGCGAGCCCACGGCCUGUACAGAGUAGAGCAGCAGGGAACCCCCCACUGUCGCAUGGUCCCCCCCAGAGCAUGCUGUACCCUGGUCCCUGUCUCACCAUAUAGCUGACUGCCAGGAAAGCCCCCUUCACAGCAGUUCAGUACCACGUCCCUCCAGUAAAGGAACAGGGAGAGGGCGUGUGCUUGUGACUUCUCAGCAGUUCAGUGCUGCUGGGCACAUUUCUCGGUCCUCCCACCUCCCAGCUUCAUGGCCAGACCUGCCCUCAGCCCCCUGGGUGUAUUCCCUAUCCUCCUUGUAUUCCUGUCUUGGGGUUAUGCAUCUGGGAGAUUCAGGAGGGUCCCGUGUGCAGAGACUUAGUACCACGGUUUUGUGUGCCUGGCAGGGUUUGCCAGUGGGAGCUUGGUGGGGCCCUAACCUACAUUCAGGCUUUUCCUUUCCUGGCAAGUUCUUCUCCCAGGUGCAGAGCAGAGAGGGGCUGGAGGCCAAGGCUGGGAGCCCCCAAAUGCUCAGAAAUAGAAGUAGGAGUUUCAAGAGUGAGAAAGUGCAGAGGAGAAGGGGCCUCAGGGCAGAGGCUGCACUGUCUGGCCCCCAGACAGGGAACUCACCAUGCAUCCCCUCAUCAGCCUAAGACAUGGACUGCUGGGGAUGUGGCCAACAACAGGAGAAGCACUAGCCUAGCAAGGCCUUACUGGGGGGUGGUUUGAACCAGCCUGUGUAACUCCUAUUCAUUUGUUACAGCAGCUGGGCACAAAGCCCUGUGACUUCUCUGUCCUUAUGUGUGUCGUGACUGGCCCAUAGUUAGCCUAACUCCACACUCACUGCUCAUUGCUGUGUAAACCAUCCAGUGAGGCAAUAAAAAUUGGAAACCACGUGCA